ACGAGCCACAAGGUCUUUGAGCUGAGUCGAGGUGGACGGUUUGAGUGCAGUCGACCCACAGCCGCUGAUCCUCCCCGCAUCGCCUCCCGUGGAAGCCCAGGCCCGCUUCGCAGGUACAGACUCAGACGGCGGCCUGGCCCGGCCCGGCCCGAGCGCUAACGGCUUGCCCGCGGGCGGCGUUCGCCUUUUGGGUGGGGGGAGGGAGGCCCCGGGUCCACGCGGAGCCUGGCUCUGCCUCCCGCGUUGACUAGGCCUUGGGGGCGACGUUCAUUGACCAGGCGGCUGAGUUUCGCGGGGUCUGCGGGUUUAGGGCGCCGACGCUCUGCAAACGGCAGCGGAGGCCUUAACGCGUCGCGGCCGGGAGAAUCGGAGCGAGCCAGGCCUGAGGGCUAACGUCCCGGGAGGGCUCGUGGCGGCCCUGGCCUCGCCUCCCCCUUUCUCGUUGCAUCUUCCCCGGCGUAGGGGCAGGGGCUGGGGGUGGGAGUUGGGAGCACCGUCUCUGACAACUAGGCCCCGGGGUGGCUGUGCCACCAAGUCGUAGGGGAGCGUAAUGAAAGCAAAGAUAGCAAAUUGUAAGGAGGGCUUUGACUUUUGUCAUCUUCUGAAUGACGCAUAGCUGAUGUCAUCCUAAUUAAGUGCAUUCACUCCUAGUCUCUGGAAAUGCAAAUCAAAUAUGCGAGAUGCGGCACUGCAUUUUUAAUGUUGACCAUAAUGUAAUGAUGAAGCAAAUUUUUAUUUAAUUUUCGAGUCUGCACCUAUUUUGGCCAAGUAAAGACAGUAAAAUAGGGAGAGCCUCCUGAGAAUCUGAAUUUAUUGCCCUGGCACAUAAUUUUUAGCUGUAAGUUAACUUGGUUCCCCUACUUUGUCUUGAAUUAACUAUUAGGGACUCUGGAGUAUUGAACCAGGCUGUCAGAAACGGUGGACACAUUGGCUAGUCCAAAUUGAAAUACGCUGUAAGCUUAAAGUACACAAAAGAUUUCAAAGAGUAUGGAAAAAGAAUGUAAAAGAUGUCAGUUAUAUAUAUUGAUAACAUGUUGAAAUACUAUUUGGAAAUGUUGGGUUAAGUAAAAUACAUUAUUAAAAUUAGUUUCACUUGUUUCUUUUCGCCUUUUUAAAAAUAUGGCUACUAGGAAGUUUCAAUUUAUAUAGCUUGCAUUCUAUUUCUGAUGGACAGCCCUCUCCAGGAAGUCUCAGCCCUUCAGAGGGAAGGGGGACAGUUCCCCUUUGGGUAAAGCUAUUUCAUAGUGCUGAAAACAUGAUGAUCCCCCCUCUAGUAUACAGCUUUCUCCCUUUGUCUCAUAACCAUGUCCACCAAUGAGAAUGCUAAUACACCAGCUGCCCGUCUUCACAGAUUCAAGAACAAGGGAAAAGACAGUACAGAAAUGAGGCGUCGCAGAAUAGAGGUCAAUGUGGAGCUGAGGAAAGCUAAGAAGGAUGACCAGAUGCUGAAGAGGAGAAAUGUAAGCUCAUUUCCUGAUGAUGCUACUUCUCCGCUGCAGGAAAACCGCAACAACCAGGGCACUGUAAAUUGGUCUGUUGAUGACAUUGUCAAAGGCAUAAAUAGCAGCAAUGUGGAAAAUCAGCUCCAAGCUACUCAAGCUGCCAGGAAACUACUUUCCAGAGAAAAACAGCCCCCCAUAGACAACAUAAUCAGGGCUGGUUUGAUUCCGAAAUUUGUGUCCUUCUUGGGCAGAACUGAUUGUAGUCCCAUUCAGUUUGAAUCUGCUUGGGCACUCACUAACAUUGCUUCUGGGACAUCAGAACAAACCAAGGCUGUGGUAGAUGGAGGUGCCAUCCCAGCAUUCAUUUCUCUAUUGGCAUCUCCCCAUGCUCACAUCAGUGAACAAGCUGUCUGGGCUCUAGGAAACAUUGCAGGUGAUGGCUCAGUGUUCCGAGACUUGGUUAUUAAGUACGGUGCAGUUGACCCACUGUUGGCUCUCCUUGCAGUUCCUGAUAUGUCAUCUUUAGCAUGUGGCUACUUACGUAAUCUUACCUGGACACUUUCAAAUCUUUGCCGCAACAAGAAUCCUGUACCCCCGAUAGAUGCUGUUGAGCAGAUUCUUCCUACCUUAGUUCGGCUCCUGCAUCAUGAUGAUCCAGAAGUAUUAGCAGAUACCUGCUGGGCUAUUUCCUACCUUACUGAUGGUCCAAAUGAACGAAUUGACAUGGUCGUGAAAACAGGAGUUGUGCCCCAACUUGUGAAGCUUCUAGGAGCUUCUGAAUUGCCAAUUGUGACUCCUGCACUAAGAGCCAUAGGGAAUAUUGUCACUGGUACAGAUGAACAGACUCAGGUUGUGAUUGAUGCAGGAGCACUCGCUGUCUUUCCCAGCCUGCUCACCAACCCCAAAACUAACAUUCAGAAGGAAGCUACGUGGACAAUGUCAAACAUCACAGCUGGCCGUCAGGACCAGAUACAGCAAGUUGUGAAUCAUGGAUUAGUCCCAUUCCUUGUCAGUGUUCUCUCUAAGGCAGAUUUUAAGACUCAAAAGGAAGCUGUAUGGGCCGUGACCAACUAUACCAGUGGUGGAACAGUUGAACAGAUUGUGUACCUUGUUCAUUGUGGCAUAAUAGAACCGUUGAUGAACCUCUUAACUGCAAAAGAUACCAAGAUUAUUCUGGUUAUCCUGGAUGCCAUUUCAAAUAUCUUUCAGGCUGCUGAGAAACUAGGUGAAACUGAGAAACUUAGUAUAAUGAUUGAAGAAUGUGGAGGCUUAGACAAAAUUGAAGCUCUACAAAACCAUGAAAAUGAGUCCGUGUAUAAGGCUUCGUUAAGCUUAAUUGAGAAGUAUUUCUCUGUAGAGGAAGAGGAAGAUCAAAACGUUGUGCCAGAAACUACCUCUGAAGGCUACACCUUCCAAGUUCAGGAUGGGGCUCCUGGGACCUUUAACUUUUAGAUCAUGUGGCUGAGACAAAUUUGUUGUGUACUAUGUUUGGUAUUUUGUCUUAUUGUUUCUCUACUAAGAACUUUUUUAAAUGUGGUUUGUUACUGUAGCACUUUUUACACCGAAACUAUACUUGAACAGUUCCAACUGUACAUACUGUAUGAAGUUUGUCCUCUGACUAGGUUUCUUAUUUCUAUGUGGAAUUUCAUAUCUUGCAGCAUCCUGUAAAUAAACUAAAAUUAAAAUCCACCCUUUUCUUGA